UUUCAUAUUCUUCCUCCAACAUCACGUGCUUGGUGAUUUUGUAGCAUAUAUCCAGAUUCUUUUACCCUCGUACAUAAAAUUUUGAAGCUACUACUUUGGACCAUGAAUCCUUAGGGCACAUUAAAUGUAUUGCUUUUGAAACUGCUGUGAAACUUUGCAGCUUACAUUAUGUACCUGCUAUGCUCGAUCUCAUCCAACCUGAAGGGAACGCCUGAAUGGUGGUAAAAAUAUCCAGAAAAGGAUCACCAUCUGAUGUCAUCACCAAAAUUUGUACUCAGUUGUAUUUUCUGUAAGCUAUCAUGUUUGAUUUGAGCAAGACAAAACCUUUCCUCUCACUAAUUUUUAAAGUUAAAUACGUAGGUUCUCCAAAAGCCAAGCUUUUUUGAGCUUUGGCUUGAGGCUUAAUCUAGCCUUAACUAAUCAACUUAACAUGUCCAGUAAAUUGCAUUAACCAUGCUAAAUGUCAUGGUUUACACCAACUUAUGAGGUAUUGUUCAUUUCGGCUUAUUGAGUCUUAUGGUUUUGUUCUACAAAAACCAUCUCACAAGUUGAAAGUGUUUUAAUUUCAAGACCGAUUUGAGUAUACAGCUGAUGUGGGAUUCUUGGCUUCUCUCUAGGACCAUAACAUACUCCCCAUUCCAACAAGAGCUCAUUGUCUUCGGUGACAUAUCACUAGUACCCUUAGAGCUGUUUCUGAUAUCAAAUGUUACUAUUCACAUCAAUUUAUGAGGUAUUGUCAGUUUUGGCCCACUGUGUCUCAUGUUUUUGUCCUACAAAAAGUAUCAUAAGUUGAAGGUGGUACAAACACCUAUAUCCCAAUACCAACUCUAGUACAUGAGCGAUGUAAGAUUCAUGUCUCUUCUCUAGGAUCAUGACACUAAGCCUUAAAAGUCAAGUACAAGCAGCUGUCAGAAAUAGAGCUUAGUAAAGCAAUGUGAGAAACUUUUGAUUUGUUGGUUGGGAAGGUAAGAGGAACUGCCACCAUGUUUAUAUCCAAGUAAUAAUACUUGCACACUUUCACAAACUGCCAGUUUUGUCAUGGUUAAAAUUGCACUCUUCCAUAGGUUCAUUUGCAGUUGUUCAUUCGAGACUGAAGUUUUCUGAAUGCUUUCUGGCUCAUCUGUAGAACUUCCAAGUUCCACUUAUGAUUCUCUAUUCUUCGUGCUUCAGAUUUACUCAUGAUUCUCAAUUUUUUUCCCGGGUGUGAGCAGUUUGAUACUUAUCCAAGAACAUAUGAACUAUUGCAUGCAACAUGUAUUUUCUCUGUUGAGAAGAAGAGGUUGAAUAUGUCAACCAUCAUGCUUGAAAUGGAUUGGAUGCUGAGACCUGGUGGACGUGUAUAUGUACGGGACUCAGUAUCUGUUAUGGGUGAACUUCAAGAAAUAGCAACUGCAAUGGAAUGGGUGCUGCACUACAUGAAACUGGUUAAGGUCCACAUUCGAGAAAAUUUUAAUCUGAGAAACGUAUGUGAUGUGCUUGUUGGAUGACUAUCAGUGAAACCAUGUUUUACAGGUGUAUC